GUGCAGGCUGUGCACCUGGCGCCGCCUCCGGAAGAGAGGAAGAGAGGAGCGGGGACCGCGGGGAUCUCGGAGGGAGACCAGCGUCUUGGGAUGCUGCAGGCACCAUGAGCUCCCCGGAAGGGCCAAGCUUCCCAUCCGGGCUGCUCUCAGGGGGCGCCUCUCCCAGCGGCGACGAGGGUUUCUUCCCCUUCAUGCUGGAGCGGCGGGACUCAUUCCUGGGAGGGGGCCCAGGGCCUGAGGAGCCGGAGGAUCUGGCCCUGCAGCUGCAGCAGAAGGAGAAAGACCUGCUGUUGGCCGCGGAGCUCGGCAAGAUGCUUCUGGAGCGAAAUGAGGAGCUGCAACGGCAGCUGGAGACGCUGAGCACCCAGCACUCUGAGCGUGAGGAACGGCUGCAGCAGGAGAACCACGAGCUCCGUCAGAGGCUAGCAGCACGGGGAGCCGAGUGGGAGGCCAGGGCUGUGGAGCUGGAGGGGGACGUGGAAGCCCUGAGGGCCCAGCUGGGGGAACAGCGCUCAGAGCACCAGGACAGUGGGCGCGAGCGGGCACGGGCCCUCAGUGAACUCAGUGAGCAGAACCUCCGGCUCAGCCAGCAACUGGCCCAGGCCUCCCAGACUGAGCAGGAGCUUCAGAAGGAACUGGAUGGCCUUUGGGGGCAGUGCCAGGCUCAGGCCCUGGCUGGAGCAGAGCUGAGAACACAGCUGGAGAGUCUGCAGGGUGAGAACCAGAUGCUGCAGAGCCGCCGUCAGGACCUGGAGGCACAGAUCCGAGGCCUGCGGGAGGAGGCAGAGAAGGGCCAGGGCAGGCUACAGGCAACCCACGAGGAGCUGUUGGUACUGCGGCGGGAGAGGCGGGAGCACAGCCUGGAGCUGGAACGUGCGCGCUCCGAGGCCGGGGAGGCACUGAGCGCGUUGCGGAGGCUGCAGAGGCGCAUCUCGGAGCUGGAGGAGGAGUCGCGCCUCCAGGACGCUGACGUGUCAGGAGCCUCGCUGCAAUCAGAACUUGCCCACAGCCUUGACGGCGACCAACACCAGAACCAGCACCAGAACGCGGAUGGACGCAGAGACGCCCUGACCCCGGAGACCCAAGAGGCAUCCAGUAACCAGCCUUCGCCCCAGGAGGAGAGCUUGGAGCCUCCCAAGAAGCGAACAUCCCUGAGCCCAGGGGAGAUACUGGAGGAGAAGGAGGCAGAAGUGGCCCAGCUGCAGGAUGAGAUCGAGCUGCAACGCGCAGAGCUACAGUCCCUGAGGGAGGAGCUGCAAAGGCAGAAGGAACUGCGAGAGCAGGAGGACCCCGAGGAGGCCCUAAACAGCGCCCUCUCAGACAGGGAGGAGGCCGUAAACAAGGUUUUGGAACUGUCCCUGGAGCUCAGCCGCGUCUCUCUGGAACGGGACUCCCUCUCCCGGGAGCUGCUUCGCACCAUCCGCCAGAAGGUGGCGCUGACGCAAGAGCUGGAGGCCUGGCAGGACGACAUGCAAGUGGUGAUUGGGCAGCAACUGCGUUCCCAACGCCAGAAAGAGAUGAGCGCUGCCGGAUCAGUUCCUCAUCGCCCCGCGCCCCGCUUCUCGUUGCGCCGGGCCCCUGGGCCCGCCGGCGGCUUUUUCAGCAACCUCUUCCGAAGGACCUGAGGGCCGGGCUAUGGGACCUGCCCUUGCUCUCUGUGGCUCACUUUCCCUUUCUGGCCAAUAGAGUGACUGACGGGGUGGGUCCUGGUUGUCUUCCCGAGGGGGCUGCUGCCCUCCCAGCCCCGGGAGGCUGAGCAGGGGCUCAUCGGGAGCAGGGACCAGCUUUGGGGGCCAGGGUCCCCAGGUGGGUGGCAGGGGCAGGUGGGGAAGAGCUACCUAUUUUUUGAAUCUAUUAGAGGUCUUAUCUUUUCUAAGCACUAGGCCCCCUGGCCCUGGCAUGCUCCAAGGUGGGGGUAGGUAUUUAUGCAUCAGGAUCAGACAGAGUA